UACUAAAAGAGAUGGUGGAGGGACCUUGGUGUGCAUGAAAACCAAAGCUCAUUGGCGUGUUAUUUUCCAUUACACUCCCUUCUUUCCCUUCACUUCCACUUUCUCUCUCUCCUUUCUGUGCUUUUGCUUCAUCCGACAUCACUCCAACCUAAUGGGGUUGCCUCUAUUUCUGCGUAGGAUUCGAUGCUGCUACUCCUUCUGCACUCUCUAUAACCACUGACUUUCUUCAGCUUCUCUCUGUUGAUGUUUACGCUGAAGACUGAAUAAAAAUCUGAGAAAUCAUCUUCUGGGGGCGCAUAUGGCGAUGCAAACUGUUUAUCUUAAAGAACAUGAAGGAAAUGCACCCAAUUCUGUGGGGGCCUUGUCAUCUGCAGCUUCAGCACCCUGGUGGAGUGCUUUUGGAUCUCAACCUGUUCAUGGGGUGGAGUCUUGUGGCCAAAUGAAACCCUUUUCAUUGGAGCUUCCUAACUGCAUAAACCAUCAUGCUGCCAAUAAGCCAUCGGCAAGAGGAGCUGAACAAGUGUUGGGCAAAGGACACACAACUCAGUUUACCAUCUUUCCAGAUGAUUGUAAAAUGUCAGAUGAUGCGCAGACGCUUCAGACAACCAUAUCACUGCAGCCAUCACUAGCUGACUCUCACUCUCGUUUUGAGAUAGGAUUUAGUCAGCCCAUGAUAUGUGCAAAAUAUCCUUAUACGGAUCAAUUUUAUGGGCUCUUCUCAGCUUAUGCACCUCAAAUUUCGGGACGUAUAAUGCUGCCACUUAACAUGACAUCUGAUGAUGGACCAAUUUACGUAAAUGCUAAGCAGUACCAUGGAAUCAUUAGGCGUCGGCAGUCCCGUGCCAAAGCUGUACUUCAUCACAAAUUGACUAAACGUCGCAAGCCUUAUAUGCACGAAUCUCGCCAUCUCCAUGCAAUGAGGCGACCAAGAGGAUGUGGUGGUCGCUUCUUGAACACAAGGAAAUCUGGUAAUGGAAAUGGCAAAACUGGCAAUGGAGUGCAUGAAACUGUUGGUGAACGAUUUGAUUCCAGUGGUUCUCAGAGUUCUGAAUUCCUUCAGUCUGAAGCUGGAACUUUGAAUUCAUCAAAAGAGACUAAUGGCAGCAGUCCAAAUAUUUCUGGCUCAGAAGUGACUAGCAUGUAUUCGCGGGGAGGUCUUGACAGAUUUUCCCUCAAUCAUUUUGGAUCUUCUGUCCACACUCUGGCAGACAUGAUAGAUGGUGGGCGUGGUAUGAUCAUACCCCCCAAAUGGGCUGCAGCAGCAGGUAACUGCUGCAACCUUAAAGUCUGACAGGAAAAGAAUGAAGGGGGGGUUUGGUUCAAUACUGCACCGAACCCAUCCUUCAUGAGACCAGAUGAAGAAGCUUUGUUUCAGUUGACUGUGUUGACUGUGGCAAGAUUCGUUCUGUAGGAUCGUCCUAACAUCUGGUCUAGGCAAUUCAUCCCUGGCUCAUACUUUGGCAAUCCAUCCCUGGCUCAUACUUUGGCAAUCCAUCCUUGGCUCAUGGUAACUUUAGGCAACUCAUCCUUGGCUCUGUAGUAAUUUGUCUUUAUGCAGGGGAGUGUCUUUGGCAUGGUUCAAACUAAUGACUUGAUACCCUGAUGCAGAAGACAACUGUGUGUCUUUGUGUGAAAAUAAAAGCAUGAAACUCCAUUUAUGUAUAUUUCUGCCAAGUCUAAACUUGGUUUUCUAUUUUCUAUUUAGGAACUAUGUAUUGCACAACUUUCACCUUUAGUCUUUUUUAAAUCAAGGCACUCGUGUGUUUUUCUCC